UUCGAUGCGAUCAAUUUAGUCAACAUAUGAAUCUUCGAUCCGUGGUCAUGCAUAGAGCACGAACCAUGGAACAAUCGUGGAACUGCCGGCCGAAGACACCUAGAUAAAUCACAUGGGUUGUAGUCAUGGCCUCGUCUGCUUGCGGACUGGGAUAUUGACCAGGAAGAAGUGGAUCGGGCGGGUGGAGCGAGGCUAAACGUAGUGCCGUGGCUCCCCUCCGAUCGGCCCCUCUCUGUCUCUCUCCCUCUCCCUCUGCUGAACCUCUCCCCGAUCUCACCGCAUCCAGGGGCUGGAGCAUUGAGCAAUUGCUGCCCGUCUUGUUCUUCCAUCCAUCCGAGCUCCUACCUCUGCCCACCCGCUUUCAUCAUGUCGCGAUUGUGGGAGGUUGACCCUGAGACAAGGGCCAAGCUCCAGCAGAUUUCCAAAACCAACGGCAACGACAAAUGCUGCGACUGCGGCGCACCCUCGCCCCAAUGGGCGUCACCCAAAUUCGGCACCUUCAUCUGCCUUAACUGCGCCGGCACCCACCGCGGCCUAGGCGUGCACAUCUCCUUUGUCCGGUCCAUCACCAUGGACGCCUUCAAGACCUCCGAGAUCCUUCGCAUGGAAAACGGAGGCAACGAGCCCUGGAAGACCUUCUUCGACUCGCACCCCAUAACACAAUCUGAAGGCCGCACGUUCGAAGACUCCACCAUCAAAGAGCGCUACGAGGGCGAAGUCGGCGAGGAAUGGAAAGAGAGACUCUCCGCCAAGAUCGAAGGCCGGGAUUACGUCCCGGGCCAACAACCCGCACAACCGAAGAAGAAAGAACCGACGUCGCGGUCGAGCACGCCGCUUGCUGCGAGGGGCGGAUCCCCCGCGUCGCAUGACGGAGUGCCCGAGAUGAGCAAGAAGGAACGCAACGAGGCGUAUUUUGCUCGGUUGGGGUCGGAGAAUUCGUCGCGCUCGGAAUCGUUGCCUCCGUCGCAGGGGGGGAAGUUUACGGGGUUUGGGGGUGGCAUGCCGGCUACGAGUGCGCCGAAGACAACGGGUAACGGGGCGGGGAUUCCAGGGUUCGAUGAUUUUCAAAAGGAUCCGAUGGCGGCGUUGACGAAGGGGUUUGGAUGGUUCACCACGACCGUCGGGAAGGGCGCCAAGACGGUGAAUGAUACGUAUAUUCAGCCUACGGCGAAGACGAUAGCAGAAUCCGACUUUGCCGCCCAAGCCCGCGUCCACGCUUCCACACUAGGCCAGAACAUGCAACACGGUGUCCGCGGCGCAGCGGACCACUUCCAACGUUUUGUCGAAGGACCCGACGAAGCCGCAGCUGCGGCCGCAGCCCGGCGAGGCCGCGCCGAACCCGAACGGAAAGACUUCUGGGAUUCCUUCUCUUCUCUCGCAGCGGAAGAUAGUCAUCGGAGGACGGCAUCCAGGUCGAGUGCGAUUGGAACGGCGGCCAUGAAGACGGGGCCUAGUGGUGCUGGCGCUUCUUCGGCUUCGUCUGCUGCUGCUGCUGCUGCUGCUGCUGCUACGUCCACAACAGCGACGUCGACUUCUGCGGCCGGGAGAAAGAGUACGGAUGAGGGAGGAUGGGGUGACGAUUGGUGAUUGGUAAUUGGAUUGGAU